UACGCGCUCGCUGUCACUGCGGACGUGACGAUCAGAUAAGAUUGGAAAUGAUUCUGGACCGUGAAUAUUCUCUGGAGAUAAAACCAUAUUUACUUACCAUGAAAAACGUUACAUUAUAACUUUAGACGCGCAUUUAUUUCGUUUGAACGCGGCCCCAUCCUGAAGUGACGAUAUUGUGCGAGAUUCGAGGAGAAAAGAGCGUUUCCAACUCGGUCCGUUUCUGCUGCCUGUUGCUCAGCUGCGUCUGAAGAAAACCAGCAUCGAUACGCGUCGGAUUUGUCUCCACCUGAAAAAUGCCACGGGAUAACAAGAAGUCUCUGAUUCAGAAAAUAGCCAGCCAAGCCAAUAUCACAUUUAAAGAUUUCAAUGCAUCCGCAAUUGGGGACAACAAAGUAUUAUUGGAAAACCGGGGGGAUCUAAUCACCCUGCUGACGGAAGUCAGGACUGCAGACCUGAAGAUGAAACCGAACGGCUCCCAUUCCGAACACAACCCACCUGUCACGUACAUGCACAUCUGCGAGACGGAGUCGUUCAGUAUGGGGGUGUUUCUACUGAACAGCGGGGCUUCCAUCCCGCUCCACGACCACCCCGGUAUGAACGGGAUGCUCAAGGUUCUAUACGGGAAAGUCAGUAUCAGGUGUUUUGACCUGUUGGAUAAACCUUCGGACCAGGUGCAGAGUGAGACCCAGUUCGACCCGCCGCUGCUGCCGUUCCAGAAGGACUCUCUGCGGCGGGCUGUGCUCCGGUCAACCAUGUGGUUCACCCAUGACAGUAGUCCGUGUAUCUUAACCCCGCAGAGGGAGAACCUGCAUCAGAUCGACACGGUGGAUGGACCGGCUGCUUUCCUCGACAUCCUGGCACCUCCGUAUGACCCUGAAGAUGGGAGGGACUGUCAUUAUUAUAAAGUCCUACAGACAGUUCCCGACGCAGACAGUAAGGUAGAGGCGCAGCAGCCGUGGGAGGAAGAGACGUGGUUACUAGAGAUAGGCCAGCCUGAUGGCUUCUGGUGUGGGGGUGAACCAUACCCCGGGCCCAAGGUUUCCUUCUAAUGUUGGUGUUGUAAAGGCAGGGAUACCUGUGACCAAAUAGGGGCGGCUGGAAGACUUUCACAAGACUGAAUCACUGUGACAUGAGUUGGUGCAGGUGAAUGAACUGCAGGUGGAUUAUGUCUCUGGGACAGGCCUUUUGUUUAAGUAUUGAACUUUCUCCUGUAAACUUCCAAAUAAGAUGUUUUCAUCCUGAACAGGCUCAGGAACGUCCUAUGCUCUUAACAUCAUUUGUUUGUAACUGGAAAUAUGAUAUGCCUUAUGUGAAUAUUGAAUGUAAACUUUGAAAGCAUUUAUCACGUCUAGUUUCCAUGUGCACACUACAUUUUCUAUCUUUCAUUGAUUUAUUCCAAACAAAUGUGUGUAUGUGUAAACACUAGCUUUGUUUAUAAUUGAAGGCUUUUAUUUUGGGACAGCUGAAAGUUCUACCUAUAGCCUUACUGCAUGUACAGUGUACAGCUGAAAGUUCUACCUAUAGCCUUACUGCAUGUACAGUGUACAGCUGAAAGUUCUACCUAUAGCCUUACUGCAUGUACAGUGUACAGCUGAAAGUUCUACCUAUAGCCUUACUGCAUGUACAGUGUACAGCUGAAAGUUCUACCUAUAGCCUUACUGCAUGUACAGUGCCUUUGGAAAGUAUUCAGACCCCUUGACUUUUUUCACAUUUUGUCACAUAACAGCUUUAUUCUAAAAUAUAUUACAUUGUUUUUCCUCAUCAAUCUACACACACUACCCCAUAAUGACAUCACAAUACCCCAUAAUGACAUCACAAUACCCCAUAAUGACAUCACAAUACGCCAUAAUGACAUCAUAAUACCCCAUAAUGGUUUUAGAAAGUUUUGCUAAUUUAUUACAAAUAAAAAAAUACAAUUUCACAUUU